AUGGCUCGGUUGAUAAUUCCUUGUCGAAGUUCGUCUCUGGCUAGAUUCAACCUUCUGGGUUUGCUCUCGCAUGCUCCUGUUCCUGUUAGAAGCGCUUCUCUACCAUUUCGUAAUUCGGCAAAGAGACUUACGCAAUACAGACCGUUUCUUACUUCAGAGGUUACUUGUUUGAGGAAGAAUCGGUUUCUAUCACAUUCUGUUGAUAGAUAUAAGCAAAAGAGCAGGAAGCUGAUUUGUUCUGUUGCCACAGAAUCCGUUCCGGAUAAAGCUGAAGAAUCCAUAAUGGAUGCACCUAAAGAAAUAUUUCUGAAGGACUACACCAAGCCUGAUUACUACUUUGAAACUGUGGAUCUGAGCUUCUCUCUAGGUGAAGAGAAAACAAUUGUUAGCUCUAAAAUCAAGGUUUUACCUCGCGUUAAAGGAUCCUCCGCUGCGUUGGUCUUGGAUGGACAUGACUUGAAGUUACUCUCGGUCAAGGUUCAGGGGAAGCUUCUUAAGGAAGGGGAUUACCAGUUGGACUCUCGUCAUCUGACUCUCCCUUCACUUCCGGCCGAAGAGUCCUUUGUUUUGGAAAUUGAUACUGAGAUUUACCCCCACAAGAACACUUCACUUGAUGGGCUCUACAAGUCGUCUGGAAACUUUUGCACACAGUGUGAAGCAGAGGGUUUCCGGAAAAUAACAUUUUACCAGGAUCGUCCUGAUAUUAUGGCAAAGUACACAUGCCGUGUGGAAGCUGACAAGACUCUUUAUCCUGUAUUGUUGUCCAAUGGAAACCUCACUUCUCAAGGAGAUACAGAGGGCGGUCGGCACUAUGCCUUAUGGGAGGAUCCAUUCAAGAAACCGUGCUAUCUGUUUGCUCUAGUGGCUGGACAACUAGCGAGCAGAGAUGAUACGUUUACCACACGCUCUGGUAGGCAGGUGUCUCUGAAAAUCUGGACUCCUGCAGAAGAUCUACCAAAGACUGCUCAUGCUAUGUAUUCUCUGAAGGCAGCCAUGAAGUGGGAUGAGGAUGUGUUCGGCCUUGAGUAUGACUUGGAUCUCUUCAACGUUGUCGCUGUUCCAGACUUUAACAUGGGAGCCAUGGAAAACAAGAGUUUGAAUAUUUUUAAUUCCAAGCUUGUCCUGGCAUCUCCAGAAACUGCAACAGACGCAGAUUAUGCGGCGAUUUUGGGAGUCAUUGGUCACGAAUACUUCCACAAUUGGACCGGCAACAGGGUGACAUGCCGUGACUGGUUCCAACUCAGUCUGAAGGAAGGACUUACUGUCUUCCGUGACCAGGAGUUUUCAUCUGACAUGGGAAGCCGCACUGUAAAGCGCAUUGCUGAUGUUUCAAAGCUUAGGAUCUAUCAAUUCCCACAGGAUGCUGGUCCUAUGGCACAUCCCGUUCGCCCACAUUCAUACAUCAAGAUGGACAACUUCUACACAGGCAAGUUUCUGUUCGCUAGGAAUUAUGGGAUUCUGUUAUAG